AUAAAGUCCCCGCAAAAUGCCACGUCGACAAUCACAUUCCGGGUCGUCCCCACGCGAUACCAGUCGCACUUCCUCACCCAAAUCAUCGAACACAGCGAAAUCUUCCAUGACGCCACCUCAUACUACAGAACAACCGAAAGAAGCAACCACGAAAUCUAGUAACAUUCCAGCGCCAGGUUCGGGAAUGUUCGCUCAAAUGGCUGCCACGGCGGGUGGCGUUGCAAUCGGGUCCGUGUUGGGCCGUGCUUUCGGCGGAUUGUUUGAACGAUCCGGCGCAGAGACGCAGAGGGAUGAAGAAAAUGCAGAAUCCAUCGGGGCACAGGUUCGCACUGAUGCUGGAGGAAAGACAGCAGUGAACGAACAUCAACUGGCAUCCGAUGAUUGUAACUGGGAAAUUAAACAGUUUCUGGCCUGCAUCGACGAACAGCGAGACACAAAGCUGUGCGAAGGGUUUAAGGAAGCGAUGCAUCAGUGCAAGCUGAAGAAAUCGCCAAUCGAAAUGUCUAUGCAUUAAAUACCAAUCCGAAACCAUUGUCUUGUUUGCGGAAUAUGGGAUUCAAAAUAUAAAUCGUUAAA